AUGAAGCGAUCGUCAAAAGAAGAAUAUACGGGCGGCGCCCUUUACGAGAAGACGUUGAGCAACUAUUCGGCCACGGAUUGGCACUUCGUCGCCCAAGUGGUCCUCAUCUUUGUUGCCUAUCUGGCGUUCGAUUGUGGCCGAUGUGUCUCCAAUCACUUCUUUUUCACAAAACAGAUGGACUCAAACUCUACGAGUUGCGCCGGGGAAAUUGUGUCCAGCAUCGCUAAUAUUCCAAGAGAGCAUUGGGCCGAUGAUCUCACGGGCAAAACGACCAGCAAGGCCAACGUGAAACGGUUCACAUCACUGACGAUUUUCAAUGUUCUAUGUGCCUAUGGCUCCCUGUUCUCCUUGGUAUUCUAUGUUGGCCGUCGACUCGGCUUCUCCUGGUACCUCUGCUGCAGCGCCUCUAUCGCCGGCAUGGGCUGCAUCAUGAUCGUCAUCUACAAGGUGUACUCUGUCUUGAUUUCCGGCUUCUUCUUCAACCUUAGCGAAAAGGCCUUCCAAAUUACAUUGUGCGUGCUGGCAGCGGAGUGUGGGCCCCGGAAAGUUCGAGAUGCUGUUAUACUGGUCAUCGCCGUAGCGAGCGCCCUUGCUCGCCUCUUCGCUGCUGUUCCACUGGUCAUGCUCGAUACAAAUCGUCUGGAGUUCAUUGCAUUGAUCGGUGGAUAUGCUGUUUUGAUGAUUGCAUCUGGAAUCCUCUGCGAUGACUCGAUCAUCUCGUUGAUUUUCUGCGAAAAGCCGCUUGUCUUGACGGCAGUCAUUGAUAAUCUCAACAAGCGGAAUAGAGGGGCCGAGGUGAAUUCGGAGAAAUUCUACAAGGAGAUCCUCUACACUGGCAUUAUCAUUGAACCCGCCACGACGCACGGCAUCGUAGCCAAGAUGCUGAAGAACAGCGCCUGGAUCCGCCACUAUCUCUUCGUAUAUUUGGCUUAUGUUCUUGCGCCCCGUCACCACAAUGAAGAACUCCUCAGCUUCACCGCCGUCAACUUUAUAGGAGUACACCCAAAAACAGACGCCCAUAUGCUCGACGCGACCCUGAACGUACUUGGAGUGCUGCUUUUCGCCUCCAUCUUCGCUUUGAUUGGCCGGCACAGAACGGUGCAUGCCGCCCUUCUCGGGCUCGUUGCGGGUCAUCUUAUGUUGGUGUGGCCGGCCGACCUGAAGCCCGUAGCCGGAUGUGAUGGCAUCGAACACCCUGCCAUCUUAUCGUCCACCGUCAUGAACGUCAUCUACUUGACCACUGAAAUCGUCAUGGAAGGAGCGAUGAAUAUAAUUUUCGCGACGACUUUCGUGGAGAUUGCCGAACGCGUUCCCAUCCGUCCGCGCCUCGCCGUCGUCGCCGUCGUGUUGACUUCCGCCAUGCCACUACAUUUCCUUCUCGCUACCCUUGAGCUGCACCUGUCAAAAAUCCACAACGGUUCGACGCUCUACUAUCAUGCUGGUCGCGCGAUCCUUUGGGCGUUUCUUUAUUUCCUCUACAAUGCUUUCCGCGAUGCGCCUCAGGCAACGAUUACUCUCGACGAUCACUUGAUUGCGUUCGGCUCUCGCAGCGGCAACAGGGAGCAUUUUGUUCAGCAACAAGCGCUGCACACCGAAUCUGAGUUAGACCUGCACACCGCCGGGCGAGAUACGGACUUGGCUCACGGA